GUUUCAAUCCCGCAUCGCCGCAUGUUUCCUGUCGAAUUUCCGCCGUAUACUCAGUCAUGAUGUCGAAACGACAAGCGGAGCUGUCGCUAGAAGAGGAGGGAAUCCUUUUGGGCUCGCCUGCCUCGAAGAAGGCGCGUGUGGAAGAUGGCGACCUGCCCGAAGACGAUCCGCGCCGUGAAGCUCUGCCGCUUCGCCGAGCCAAUGGCCAGGACAUACUCGCAGCUGCCGAGCAGGAAGGCGAGGAACUCGAGGAGGCGGCGCAGGACCUGGGAGCCAACGACUCUUCUGAUGCCGAUACCGAUGAUGACAGGCCGGCCAUCGCAGCCCCGAAACGUCAAAGUGCGCCCCUGGAGGGUUACAGCGAUCUCUACCUCGAUACCAUCAAUCGCGAAAUCCUCGACUUCGACUUCGAGAAGCAGUGCUCCGUGAGCUUGUCGAACAUCAACGUGUACGCCUGCCUUGUCUGCGGCAAAUACUUCCAGGGCAGAGGGCCGAAGUCGCAUGCCUAUUUCCAUGCGCUCGAGGUCGGACACCAUGUCUUCAUCAAUAUGGGAACCAAGAAGGUGUACGUUCUCCCUGAAGGCUACGAGGUCAAGAACAAGAGCUUGGACGACAUCAGAUACGUUGUCGACCCGCAUUACAACAAGGAAGAGGUGGCCAAAUUAGAUAAAGAGGUUCAUGAUGCGUUCGACCUUGCAGGUAAUCGCUACAGGCCUGGAUUUGUUGGCAUGAACAACAUCAAAGCCAACGAUUACCUCAACGUCGUGGUCCAACUGCUUGCGCAUGUCUUCCCCAUCCGGAACUAUUUCCUACUGCACGACUUCUCCCAACCAGGCACCCCCCAACUCGCCGUGCGGUUCAGCACGCUGGUGCGCAAACUGUGGAACCACAAGGCCUUCCGGUCGCAUGUGUCUCCGCACGAGCUCCUGCAGGAGAUCGCGCUGCGUUCGUCGAAGCGGUUCACGCUGACCCAGCAAUCCGACCCGGUGGAGUUCCUGUCCUGGUUCCUCAACAACCUCCACCUGUCCCUCGGCGGCUCCAAGAAGCCCACCAAGACGCCCACGAGUGUUGUCCACGCGGCCUUCCAGGGUCAUCUCCGCAUCGAGAGCCAAGCCAUCACCGCCCACUCCGACACCCAGAACGCGCGCCUGGUCUUCACCGAAUCCGGCACGAUCAACAGCCAGACCACUCCCUUCCUCAUCCUCACCCUCGACCUGCCCCCGACCCCCCUCUUCCAAUCCUCCAACCGCGAAUCCAUCAUCCCCCAGGUGCCCCUGACCACCCUCCUGAACAAGUACAACGGCAUCACCGCCUCGGAGAAGCUGGCCCAUCGCGUCCGCCACCGCCUCCUCCACCCGUUACCCCCCUACCUCUUCUUCCACAUCAAACGCUUCAGCAAGAACCGGUUCGUCUCCGAGCGCAACCCCACCAUCGUCACCUUCCCCUCGCCGCGCUCCCUCGACAUGUCGCCUUACGUCGAACCCAACCCCGCCAUCUGGCCGCACAGCGAACCCAUCCUUUACGAUCUCGUCGCCAACAUCAUCCUCGACCCCACCGUGGCCGCACCGGGGGCCCACGAGGAAGCCGCAGCGGACAAGGGUGUCAACGCAGCGGGAGGUGGAAGUGGCAGUGGUGGCGGUGGUGGUAGUGGGUCGUCAUCAUCGAGCGGCGCAGGCGCGGGCAGCGAGAAAGUCUCCUGGCUUGUACAACUCCACGAUAAGGCCAUGGCCGCGGAGAAUGGCCGCAUCCAAAAGGAACAUGCCGGCGAGCAGCGGGGGCCCGAGUGGCUGGAGAUUCAGGAUCUGUUCGUCAAGAAGGCGGAAAGUGAGACCUUAUUCACUAAGGAGGGAUAUCUGAUGGUAUGGGAGCGUCGUAAGGUGCCUGGGAAAGCGAACGGCAAGGGGAAAGCUGCGGCCAAGUGAACUGCAGGAUAAGGGUUCUCCUGAAUUUGGCUAGCUGUGCGUGUGCUUGGAUGUCCCGCACUCGGGGUUGGCACACACAUGCUGAUCAAAAUACUGUAUAAUUAAGUUCUUAUGAUCAUUAUGAAAGAAAUCAUCCAAAACCUACUGCUCGUACCGGUUGGUG